AUGGCGAUGGUCGAACGGCUCGAGGACGACGACGUGGCAUGGCGCCGACAUGUGCUGAUGGAAAUCGAUCCAUAUGAGGCUGAACCGCAGUCUGUGCCAAAACUGGAGAGAUCCGAACACGAUCUUCCCUCAGCAGACGCAUCUGGUGAAGUGGACAAGGAGGAGCGACACGAGCGACGUGAAGCGGAGCUUCAGUUUGACUCAGCCUCCGACGACGAGCUUAGUCCGGCAAGGAAGCCGCCGGGCUCUCCUCAAAAACUGCAUGCAAAGGCACAAGAGGCACCAGAGGAUGUACAACGAGAGCAGUCGGAAGCAACGCGGGCAGAGUCGCCGGAGUCAUUGAACGUGGAGUCCGUGGACGACUCUGUCCAUGCUACGAUCGAGGAUCCUGCCGUGCAGGACGACAAGGAAGCGACUGCCCCGGAAGCUCCCGAGGAUGCUGAGCGAGGUGCCGGAAGCUGCAAAGAGGAGGUCCGGACGACGCAACCUGAAGCAGAUGGCAGCAAUGCGCAGAAGCAGGAGGAGAUGAGGCCUAUUCAGAAGAUGCGGCGUGUCUUCAUGCAGAGGUCCCGCCGCGGCAGUCCAGGCGCAAACGACGACAAGGAACCUCACCAGGAGGCGCAGAGCGACCAGAAGAGUGACCGUGCAACAGACGAGUCGGAGCCUGCCACGGUGAAUGCCGAGCAGGGCGGGGCCGCAGCGAAUUCCGGCCCCGAGCCGGAGCCUAACGGAGCAGAGCUCGAGAGUGAGCGCUGGCAAGAUGAAGGCGACCGGGACUUGGCUGAGGCUGAGGAGCCAUGCGCCGAUGCUGAGGGUGCCGAGCAUUCCCAAGGUGAGGAGGGGACCAUGGAGGCAACUGCCACCCAGGCCCAGGAGCUUCAGGAUGAGGCAGAAGGCAUCGUGCCGCCUCAGGUCGAGGAGCCUGUCAAGGAGCCUCAGCCCCGCUCGGAGAAUCCAGGCUCCGAGCUCGAGGCGUCAACGAAGGCUCCGGAGGCGGAGGGCUUCGACAAACCGGAGGAGCCCGAACACACUGCCCAGCCUUCUCCGACAGGCUCUGCUCAGGAGCCACAUGUAGCGACGGUCCCCAAGCCGCAGCCAGCCUGGAGGUCCAAAUCUGCGGGUCCGGUGGCAAAGGAGGAGCCUUCCCUGGGAGAGGCCGCUGGUCCUGGCGAGCUUGCCAGGCGUGUGUGGCGCGCUUCUGCAGCUCCCACCAGGUCAAGGAGUGCUGCUCCGAACUCGGAGAUGCCCGGUGCUGCGACAGGAAGAGAUCUUCGACCCCGUCGCCGGGACAACAGGCGCGUGCCACGGGGCAAGAAAGGCCCGAGGUCGGUAUCGCCGCAGCACAAGGUGGAGGAUGCGCCAGCUGCAGGAUCCCAGCUUUUCGUUUAUGGGCCUUGGCACGCUGCCGUUGGCAGGUACGGAGUGCGCCGAGCCGCACUGCACUCCGAGACUGCAGAGCCAAAGGGCCCUGAGAGCCCUGAGGAUGCGCUAGCCAAGAGCCUGCCCUUCCUCACAGAUGAGUCGCUUAUUGCGGAUGACAUCAGCUACGAAGGCCUGUUGGCAACUUGCCAGGGCCGCGAGAGCUACCUGUCGGCUAUGCGAGAUUGGCAGCAGCUGGUUCCAGAGAGGCUCGAGGACUUCAAGGUCCUGCGAAUGGAAUCCUGGCGGCUAAACCCGGGCGUCGUUACAGCAAGGUGGAGCAUUGGCUUCGUCGCGCCGCUUCCACCUUCCUGGAAGCUUCGCGAGCUGCCAGCGGAUGCGCCGCUGCUGCCAGGGGCCAAGGUCCGCGUGGAGACGCAGCUGGUCGCAGAGAUGACGCUGAAUUCGGAGGGGAAGGUGGUGCGGCACGAGGAGGCCAUCUCGGCGGGAUAUGAGAUCCUGGAUGCCAUCGCCCGAUACGAGCUGCUGACUGCCAGAAGGAGGGAGGCGGACCCCGUCACCUGGUACUGGCAAGUCCUCAAGGACACCACCAUGGAAGAGAUGGCCGUGCGGUCAGGGCAGAUGGCCACACCGGAGGAGCUAGAGUGGCGCUUUAACGAGAUGGUGCUCAGAAACUUUCUCUAUGGCGCUGCUUUGGGCAUAGCCUUCUGGUUUACCCUGAAGUUCAUUCUGUCUGCCAGAAGCCCCUAA